ACACGAUUUAAACUUUGUCUUUUCCACACCAACUUCUCUUAUCUUUCUCCACAUCAACUACUUAUCACCACCUCUAACUCGCUCUAUUCGCUUUUUCUCUUCUACUACUACUACUACAACUACUUCAACUAUGGAUCUCUCGUGGUGCAUCAUCUGUGACCGUCACUGCAUUGAAGAAAACUUAUACUGCUCUACCGAAUGCGCAAACAAAGAUGCUACAUGUAUACAACACACACCUCAAAUUCCACUCACACCUCUGUCUCCACCAUCAUCGCCUUUGCUCUCGUACUAUGGACGCUACAGUCACUCAAGCAGCAAGUUCACGACUACUGUGUCUUCCCCCUCGUACAUCCCAUCGCCACCGAACUCGCCUACUCUGUCCUUCAUGGAUACAUGACCAGCUUAACACUAUGCAUCGCUGCUACGACCACGUUUCGAUUCUCAAGUGCUGGAUAUCAUUCUCGCCACCCUUCUCUGCUGUGUAUACAAGCCUAAUUAAAGCGCCAGACAACAAUAGCCAACCAAGAAGCUGUUAUUAUAGCCGCCGUCGCAAGAGGAAAAGGAAAAAAAAAACAACCGCCUCCCGCUCGACCCCGCUCUCUCAGUCCCUCCCCUUUCAUAAGAGAUAUCUGUGUAAAAAUGAAUGGUUGCUAAGUAGCACCAAAUCGUUUCUCUUUGUAAUAUUCAGUUAUUACUGUAUUACUGUUUUAUCAUAUUUGAACUUAGUAAGAUACUAGACACAUCAUACAAUAAACCACCACCAACAACAAUAGACCCAGCAAAUACAGAUUGGGA